UGUGGUGACCUAGAGGAGGAGCUGAAAAUUGUCACCAACAACCUGAAGUCCCUGGAGGCCCAGGCUGACAAGUAUUCCACCAAGGAGGACAAGUAUGAGGAGGAAAUCAAGCUUCUAGGGGAAAAACUGAAGGAGGCUGAGACCCGAGCAGAAUUUGCAGAGAGGUCUGUGGCAAAGCUGGAGAAAACCAUCGAUGAUCUAGAAGAGAGUCUGGCCAGUGCCAAAGAGGAGAACGUGGGCAUCCACCAGGUCCUGGACCAGACCUUGUUGGAGCUGAACAAUCUCUGAGCUGCACUGGGGAGCCCUCUUCCCUACCCUACACAUGCACCCCACUAGCAUGCUCAGGAUGUCAUCAGCUGAACUGCGUCUUGGCCAACUCCACACAUCCAUUGAGAAGGGAAGUCCUGCAGCCUUACACUGUGGCUCGGAGGCAUCUCGUCUGUGCACAGCCUGACUGGCUCUGUCCUGUCUUCAUGUCCAAAUAUUAAAGCGGUUUGACAAGA